AUGGCCGACCUCGAUACGCUCGACAUCAUAGUCCUGGGAGUCAUUCUCCUGGGUACCAUUGCCUACUUCACCAAGGGGACGCUAUGGGGCGUCGUCAAGGACCCUUAUGCCAGCUCCUUUGCGGCCAACGUCGGUACAAAGCCGGGGCGCACCAGGAACUUUAUCGAGAAGAUGGACGAGACCAACAAGAACUGCAUCGUCUUCUACGGCUCCCAGACGGGCACCGCCGAGGACUACGCCUCGCGUCUCGCCAAGGAGGGCAAGAGUCGCUUCGGCCUCAACACCAUGGUCGCUGAUCUCGAGGACUACGACUACGACAACCUCGACGAGUUCCCCGCGGACAAGAUUAUCAUGUUCGUCCUCGCCACCUACGGAGAGGGCGAGCCCACCGACAACGCCGUCGAGUUUUAUGAGCAUAUUCGCGGCGACGACGUCUCCUUCACCAACGGCAGCUCCCUGGAAAACCUCAAGUACGUCGCCUUUGGCCUAGGCAACAACACCUACGAACACUACAACUCGGUAGUGCGUCACGUCGACGAGACACUCACCAAGCUCGGAGGAACCCGCAUCGGCGUCGCCGGUGAGGGUGACGACGGCGCCGGCACCAUGGAAGAGGAUUUCCUCGCCUGGAAGGAACCCAUGUGGGCUGCGCUCGCCGAAAGCAUGGGUCUCGAGGAGCGCGAGGCCAUCUACGAACCCACCUUUGCCAUUGUCGAACGCGAUACCCUGACCGCCGAGUCCGAGGAGGUCUACCUCGGCGAACCCAACAAGAACUACCUCCAAGGCACUCCCAAAGGCCCGUACAACGCGCAGAACCCCUACACCGCCGCCGUUGCCGAAUCGCGUGAGCUCUUCAACUCCAAGGACCGCAGCUGCAUUCACAUGGAAAUCGACAUUUCUGGCUCCAACCUGACCUACCAGACCGGCGAUCACAUCGCCGUCUGGCCCUCCAACGCGGGCAACCAGGUCGACCUGUUCCUCAAGGCUCUGGAUCUCACCGACAAGCGCAACGACGUCAUUAGCAUCAAGGCCCUCGAGCCCACCGCCAAGGUCCCCUUCCCUACGCCCACCACCUACGAUGCCAUUGUCCGCUACCACAUGGAAAUUUGCGCCCCCGUCUCUCGCCAGAUGGUCUCGACCCUCGCGCCCUUUUCGCCCACGGAGAAGAUUAAGACGGAGAUGACGCGCCUCGGAAGCGACAAGGAUUAUUUCCACGAGAAAACUGGCCACUCGUUCUACAACAUUGCCCAAUUCCUAACUGUCAUUAGCGAAGGCGCGACUUGGGACAAGAUUCCCUUUUCCGCCUUUGUUGAAGGCCUCAACAAGCUUCAGCCUCGCUACUACUCCAUCUCGUCCUCGUCUCUCGUGCAGCCCAAAAAGGUCGCCAUUACCGCUGUCGUCGAGACCCAGGCCUUGCCCUCGCAGAAGGCGCCGUUCCGCGGCGUCGCCACCCACUUCAUCGCUGCCCUGGCCGACAAGCAGAACAACGGCGCCAAAUCGGACGAGUUUGAUCUCAGCUACCAGAUUGGCGGUCCCCGCGCGCGCCACACGGGUACUCACCUACCCGUGCACAUCCGUCACUCCAACUUCAAGCUCCCCUCGGACCCUAGCCGCCCCGUCAUCAUGGUCGGUCCUGGCACCGGUGUCGCGCCGUUUCGCGCCUUCGUCCAGGAGCGCGCCAAGCAGGCCCAGGACGGUGCUGACGUGGGCAAGACGCUGCUCUUCUUCGGCAGCCGCAAUGCUAAGGAGGACUACCUCUACGAGAGCGAGUGGGCCGAGUACAAAAAGGUCCUCGGCGACAAGUUCGAGCUCGUCACAGCCUUUUCUCGCGACUCAGCCAAGAAGGUCUACGUCCAGCACCGGCUCAAGGAAAAGGGCGAGGAAGUCCACGAGCUUCUCCAGAAGAAGGCGCUCUUUUACGUCUGCGGCGACGCCGCCCGCAUGGCCCGCGAGGUCAACACCACGCUGGCCCAAAUCAUUUCCGAAUACCGUAAAGUCACUCCUGCCAAGGCCGAUGAGGUUGUUAAGUCGAUGAGAGCUGCCAAUCAAUAUCAGGAGGAUGUUUGGUCCUAA